AUGAUCUACCUCAUAAUGAUCGAUUCCGUUUCUUCUUUAUACGGUCCGCGAGAUCUAAGCCUCGUUUCGUCGACUUUCUCCUUCGCACUGUCCUCGAGGCGCUCUUCUGACACGUCAACCCGAGACGUCAACGGCACCGCCAGCUCCAACGUCUUGUCCUACCCUAGCCCAUACGGUAUUCGACCAGGCCCAGGACACACGGCCUUCGCGAACGAGCAGUGGAAUGCCGAAAGUCGCGGCAGUGCAGCCCUUGCAGCCCUCAACGACAUUUCCUAUCCCACGAAUAAUGUCAUGAACGGGAACGCCAUUCACGGUGAUCGAAUCCUCUAUUACGAACCGCCUCCUAGCACCGCUGCGGGAACCGCCCCAGAGCACAGGCCACUACAGUACGUCCUGCGUCCCCAGGCGGAUAUACAGGGAGGCAUCGUCAGGCCAUAUCAACACUCAGCCUAUCCUUUCUCACACCCACGCUACCUCACCACUCCCCAGGCGUCCCUCGAGCAGGCACUUUCGGCUAUACGACUGGAAUCACCGCCACCACCAGGCUCUUCUACUCGUCGGUUGAUUCGUCCGAACGAAGGCACAGCACACCCACGCGAUCUUUCCGUUCUCCGGGUACAGCCGCACAUCCUUUCACCGCAGGAGAUCUUCGCAACAUAUGGGGGAUCUAUACGGUGCCGUCUUCACUCGAUAGAAGACGCCAAUGGGACGGUUGUUCGAAAUAGGGCCCUGCCUUUCUGCCGGCACGGACGGCUGUGCGGUGAUGAGCUCGGGAAUGUGGAUGGCCUUGUGUCCCACCUCAGGGAGACCCACGACAUUACGCCCAACCACGCGCGGAAAGGCGACUGCUGCUGUGCAUGGCAGCAAUGCGGGAAGGGCCUACGGGAAUCAAGCUACUUCCGGCACGUCCUCACUCAUUGCGUUUGCUGGGUAUGCCCUAUACGUGACUGCCCAGAAUCUGCACGAAGCGUGAAGGUCUUCCCAAGGCAUGAAGGUCUUACUUCCCAUCUCGAGCAAUACCAUCCGCGGGAAAAAUACUGGGUGGCGAAUUUUGAGGUUCAUAACCAGUAUGCAUGUCCCCGCGCCAUCAACCUUUUCAUUGGAGGAGUCCUCGACCAGGUUAUCCCUGCUGGUGGCGACGUGACCAAGAUUGAGAACGUCGGUGCAGGGUUUUGGUAUACCGAUCUCAAUGGCGGAAGGUUCAAUGGCGUGGGGACGACUCGUGCUGCUUUCUGGGAGAAUUCGUAUUGGAUGAUCAAGGAAGCCGGAACGAUAAACACUGGAUUGACGAUUGCGCCCAGAGCGUCGCAAGGUUUCUGCUCCGACAUCACAUGCAAUGAUGCCAACUGCCCAGAGGCGUUUACUGGGGUUCCUCAAGGGUUCCCUCCCCCACCGAACUCAACGACCCCGCCGUACUCUUAUAAUUGCCCUUAUCCCAACCUCGCUUUCGACAUUACAUUUUGUCCCGAUGGGCAACUUCCCCCGAACCCCGGCAUUGCCAUCCACCCCAAUGGCAACUUCGUGAAGUGCAUGGACGUUCGUGGUGCCCAAUUCGCGGGCGGUACUGCUGUUCAAGUAUACGAUUGCAAUGACACCCCGGCUCAGCGCUGGUUCCUUGUUCGUGGAAGUACGAAGGUCCAACUUGCUGGAACCAAUUUCUGCCUCGACGCGGGAUCGAGUCCAGCAAAUGGGAUCGGGUUGAAGAUUUGGCAAUGCUACGAUAAAUUACCGGCGCAACAAUGGCACUACACUGACGAUAAUCGUAUUGCUCUGGAAGGGCAAGGCCAAUGCACUGACUUGACUAACGGUCUCUUCACCAAUGGCAACCAACUUCAGACUUGGCAAUGCACGGAUUUCAAUACCAAUCAGAUCUGGAAUGUAUAA